AUGGUUUCAGAUUUAGAUAUAAACAGUGAUGACGAUUUUGAGUCAGAUUAUGAGUCAGAUAUUUGUGACCGUGAUGAUGAACAAGCAAUAACAACAUCAAGUUCAGCUCUUCAAAGUACACAUCAACCAACUAUCUCAGCAAAUUCAAUUGAUCAAAUAAAAAAUCGAUCAUCCAUCUUAACACCAACUAAUAUCUCAGUUUCAAAUUCCAAUACUUCAGCUGCACCUAUCAGUGAAUCAACUGUUUUAGAUCAAACCAAUAGUCCCAACAUCUCAACAAUUAAUAUAAACGAAAAUCAACUGGAACAGAUUGGAGAUGCAAGUGUAUCUUCUAAUACGCAUAGCAAUGCUUUAGGUGGUGACUUUGAAUCAUCAGACCCCGUUAUAAGCAGUGAUCAGACUUCUCGUGAAGAAAUGAAUUCGAAUACAAAUGAAGAAGAUGAAGAAGAUGAAGAAGAUGAAGAAGCUGAAGAAGAUGAAGAACAAGAAGUACAUGAAGAACAUGAAGAACAAGAUGGGUCACAAGUUGUGUUUUUAACAAAUGGUAUGAUUUAUGUUGAUGGUUUUGUAGUGCACGAGGAUAAGGUCAUAGAUCCAUAUCUGAUGAAUUUUUGGAGGCUUUAUGAAACAACAUUUCGUGAAAUUGCAAAUAGGCAUCUAAGAUUGGUUCGGGUGAGUGAUUAUGUAGAUUCAAGGGUGAUAAGAGUGCACAAUGAAACACUAUUCCAGUAUGUUCAACAAAACACUGUGUAUGCAAGAUAUGUUGGAGAUACAUUAAGUUUUCUGGAAUAUAAUUCACACAAUGCCGUGAAAUUAACAGGUGUUAAGGUAUAUAUCACAACUGGAAUUUGUGCAUUGAUUGUUUUUGGUCCAGUAGAACCACAAGUGUUUAGGUUUCCAGAUGAGGAAGAGAAUCAGGUUCUAUUACGUGAAUAA